AUGGCCCUGGAAGACAAUCCGCCUGCAGUCUACCACUUGAGUUUCGCCCGAAAAAUGCUACUGAUGUUAGGCAUAUGGCCUCUGAAUCGUGGCGAUUGGUUAGAGAAGCUAUAUGAGCUCUAUUUCCUAACUACGUUUAUUUAUUACAUCGCUUUUAAUAUCAGCGGCGCUGCUUUGGCCAUAUUGACCUGGUCGGAAAAUUAUUUGACCACUGCGUCCAGCAUGGGCAUCGUGAUCGAAUAUAUGAGCAAUGCCUAUAAGGUAGCUAUAUUCAAGUCAGCUACAAUGAGAGGACUGAUAAGGGAAAUCAACGAAAAAGAGCAGCAAAUCUUUGAGAGCGACAAUCAGAAGGUGAAGCGCUUGUAUAUGAAGAACGCGAACGAAAAUAGGAAAGUGGUGCUAAGCUACACUGUGAUGGGCACAGUAGGAAUUUCCCUCUACUUUCUUACGCCUCUAGUAGGCAAUGCGCUUAUUCCCUUGGCGUUUAAUAACGAAACCGGCAUUCAAGCCCACUACUUCAUUGUGUUUAGUUGGUUUCCUUUUGACCCCAACCAGUACUACUGGGCAGCCUAUUUGCUGCAAUUCAUUGGAUGUCUGAUCGGCUACUCGUAUAUAGUAUAUUGCGGGGUCUUGUACAUCAGCAUUCUCAACUUUAUAAAGGUGCGCUUUCAGAUUAUCCAACACUAUUUCAUCAACCUUUCAGACUAUGGCGAGGAAUACGAGCAGCUUUACACUGUUGAUCAGGAAAUGGCGCAGUUUCUGUUGCUGAAAGUGCUGGUGAAGGAGCAUCUUCAGAUAAUUGACUUCGUUAAACGGCUAAACGACACCAUGCAGUUCUUCACGUUGCUAAACUUUCUCAUUUCAUCUUUCCAACUCUCUCUACUGGCCUAUCAGAUUCUUCAACUGCCCUUAAUUCAACAACUGCCAGUUCUUUCCUAUUUCACCACCCUCAACACUCAACUGAUUCUGACCUACCAGGCUGCCCACAUGAUCGUUGUUGAGAGUAGCAACAUGGCCGACAGCCUAUUCAUGGGAAACUGGCAUACGUACUCGCCCCGCACGCUCAGAACGCUUCAAAUGAUUUGUAUCCGAGCUCAGAAGCCGUUGGCAAUGACUAUCGGGCCAAUAGCGCAAGUCAAAGUUACAGCUCUUAUUCAAAUUUACAAGGCCUUGUACUCGUAUAUGUGCAUUAUGAUGAAGAUUUAAAUACCCAAACGGGUCAGUU